GCGGGCGCCAGACCCCAGGCGGAGCGACAGGUCUCGGGCCCUCAGGCGGAGUGGCGGGCGCCGGACCCCCAGGUGGAGCGACAGGUCUCGGGCCCUCAGGCGGAGCGGCGGGCGCCUGACCCCCAGGUGGAGCGACAGGUCUCGGGCCCUCAGGCGAGAGCGGGCGCCGGACCCCCAGGCGGAGCGGCGGGCGCCGAGUCAUCUGGCACGACAGUGGGCUCCGAGUCAACUGGCAUGACCGCUGGCACUGGGUCAGACAUUGGAUCGUCUGGCUGGACAGCGGGCAUCGGGUCACCAGGCAUCAGGUCAUUUGGCUCGACCGCGGGCACCACGUCAUCUGGCAAGGCAGUAGGCUCCGAGUCAACUGGUAUGACCGCGGGCACUGGGUCAGACAUUGGAUCGUCUGACUGGACAGCGGGCAUCGGGUCACCAGGCAUCAAGUCAUUUGGCUCGACUGCGAGCACCGCGUCAUCUGGCAAGGCAGUGGGCUCCGAGUCA